AUGGCUUGUAAUUUCCUUGGUGAUGAAUGGUUCAUUGAGAGUUUGGCUAGUUUGUACAAUUUCACAAUAGUCUCGGAUCGUUACGCAUGGAAUUACACUAGGGGUUCGUUCCUGCCCCAACUUGGAGGUUAUGUGAAGUCUUGGAACUACAAUCAAAUCUCACUAGAUUUGCUGACCGUAAAGGUAAACUGUAUCGACGUAGCUGCUACCAGCAUCGAUGUUAUACAAAUUCAAGGAGGUGGUCAUUUUGUUCCCACUGAUAGACCCGGACCAGCCUUGCAAAUGUUCUACAACUUCUUGAAUACUGGAAACUACAAUAACUCAAUACCAUAUUCACUGAAUCCUCAGCCGUUACUUCCACAAUUUUUGGCCCCUCCGCAACCGUCAUUUACAAGAAAACAGGCAGAUCGGGUGUGGACGUUACCUGGUGUGACUUAUGAGUUGAAUUUCAAGCAAUACUCUGGUUACCUCAAUGGUGUCACGGGUAAUUACCUGCACUACUGGCUGCUCGAGUCCCAAACUAAUCCCCAAACUGAUCCGCUUGUUCUUUGGCUGAAUGGAGGUCCAGGAUGUUCUUCACUGAUGGGACUUCUCAGUGAGCUCGGCCCAUUCCAUCCGAAUCCGGACGGAGUCACCCUUUUCGAGAAUGUUUACUCAUGGAACAAAGCAGCUAAUAUGUUAUUCUUGGAAUCACCACGAAAUGUCGGCUUUUCAAUUCAAAAUUCGACCUUGAAUCCGGAUAAUGUGUACAACGACGAAAAGGUAUAAUC